UCCCGUUUUUACCCAUCGGACUCGACUCACAUUUUAAUCUCCUACGCUUGCUUUCACAGUCCCCCUACGAGAAGCCCGGAAACAAUGAAGGAGUUCAUUCAGCACCGAGCCGAGCAAGCGUAGAUUCAAUAUGUUGAUUGUACCGAACGAAGUAUUUGCCUUAUCACGAAAGCCACAUUCGUUUCGUUUGAGGAAGUCACACGUCCUGUCCCCUAUAAAUAAGGAGAUUCAUUUUUUUCAGAAAUCCCCUCUUCUUCCUCCUCAAGCCCCUAUCACAAGACCAAGCGGAUCUCAUCCUGCAGAAGACUCAGAGCGGAUCUAUCUAAUGGCAUGGUUGGCUGUCAGAUGUGAUCUAUUCUCGUGCCACAUCGCUUUCUUUCUUCUCCCUCCAUUUUCUUCACUACUACCGCUUCUACACAUAAAUCAAAGAAGCAUUGUGGAAUAGUGGCAUUUCAUUAAUGGCUAAAAUGUUCUUAGUGAAAGGGUUGCCGCAAAACCGACAAACUCAGAGCGGUCUCUGAAAGUGAAUAGGAGCAUAGCGGCAUCAUCCAAGCCAAACACGUCUCCUCAGUCAAGGGUCUUCUCGCGCAAAUAAGAUCAAAAACAUAAUAACUGAUUUCGCUUAAUGCAUGUCAGCCGCCCGCUCUCAAUACAGCAAGUGACUCUCUCUCACAAGACAGAGAAAGAUUACCGAUUCAUCCAAUCCAAUUUGAUCAGAAGUGAGUUCAUUGUUGUUGUAUAGCGAAACCUUUCCUUGACAAAACCAUUCUCAGCUAAUAGAAGCCGAGCUAUCUAUCCAGAUCAGGGUUGAAUGAAGCGAAUGGAAAAGCCAAAGAAAACAUAAAUCCAUUGCGAUUAGAAACCAGUGACUCUACAGCCAGGGCUCGAUGGCGAUGUAAGAUAGAAAGAAUGGGGAGUUAGGGCUUCGGUUUCCUCUGUAGCCAGUUUCAAUUCCAAAUCAUUUGCCGACAUGCGGACUCACUUCUCUUUAUUGGGAUGACUUUUAUUAUCCAAGUUGUCUAUUUACGUGGGUGAAUCAAGUACAACAAGUCAGGUCAGAGCUUGUGGUAGAAGAUUGGGCUCUGCUACGCAAAUCCACUCAACUAGGAAAGAAGUACGCAUUGCUGACUGACUGUUUGAACGAGCCUAGUUACUAGUAGCUAAUCAAGUCAGAGUAGGAUGGCCGAGAAGCUUCUUGCCGGUGCCCCCAAAAGCAAAGCACAGACUCUACUCACCCAUGCGUUUUCCACCUACGGAGGGAGAAAUCAUCGAAAUAUCCUCAUCCCCUGAAAGGGAACCCGAAAACAGGACGAGAGUGGAUAGGGUGACUAAGGAGGCCGUAAAAAUUAGUAGUGCAUUUUUGAAAGAUAAGAUUACAAAAAGGCGAGAGCAGCAUAAUUGUUAGUUAGGGGUAAGAGGGGACGAGCCCGUAUAGAAAGUCAAUCCUUCUUUUUCCGAUAUGCCGCUCCGCAAGCAAGGAGUGCCACGCACGAGCGGAGCGAAAACUAAGCAAGGGGAAUUCCGUCAUUCCAUGGAAAGCAUGCGAGAUCCUUUGAUUGUUUAUAGAAUCAAAAUAACUAUAUAGUCUUUCUUGUUCCACUUGCAAGGCAAGGAAAAUAAAAUGUCAGUUUCGUUAUUACAACCUUAUUUUUUUAUGCAAAGACAAAAAGCUACGCGCAAAUUCUCAUUGGAUCUCGGUUGUUCUUAACAGUGAUGGCUUUUCAUUUAAGUCUUCAGGUAGCACCACCAGAUCUUCAACAAGGUGGAAAUUCUCGUAUUUCGUAUGUACAUGUUCCUGCGGCUCGGAUGAGUAUAGUUAUUUAUAUCGCGAUAGCUAUAAACAGUUCCUUGUUCCCAUUAACAAAACAUCCCCUUUUUCUUCGCUCUUCCGGAACCGGUACAGAAAUUGGUGCUUUUUCUACUUUGUUUACGUUAGUGACUGGGGGGUUUCGGGGAAGGCCUAUGUGGGGUACCUUUCGGGUGUGGGAUGCUCGUUUAACUUCUGUAUUCAUCUUGUUCCUUAUUUACCUGGGUGCACUGCGUUUUCAAAAGCUUCCUGUCGAACCGGCUCCUAUUUCAAUCCGUGCUGGACCGAUCGAUAUACCAAUAAUAAAGUCUCCAGUCAACUGGUGGAAUACAUCGCAUCAACCUGGGAGCAUUAGCCGAUCUGGUACAUCAAUACAUGUUCCUAUGCCCAUUCCAAUCUUGUCUAACUUUGCUAACUUCCCCUUCUCUACCCGUAUCUUGUUCGUUCUGGAAACACGUUUUCCUAUUCCAUCUUUUCCCGAAUCUCCCUUAACGGAAGAUAUAGAAGCUCGAGAAGGAAUACCACUAAAAACCUAGUUCGCUCUCAAAUAAAAACCUAGUUCACUCGCUAAAGCAUCCAUGGCUGAAUGGUGAAAGCGCCCACCAACCUAGAAAGGCAAAAUGGGUCAAAAAGUAGGUUCAAUUCCUGCCGGAUGCACUGCCUCUUAAAGACAGAAACAGAGGAGGGAAAGAAGGUAGUAUAGGGAACUUGCUUUUGGAUUCUUAUCGAAAGUGAAAACCUCUAACACUUCUGUUAGUGUUUUAUGAGAAAAUCUUUUAUAGACACAACAAGUGUGAAAAUCCUUAGUCACUAGGCAAGAAAGCUCGAUGGGAACAAAAAGGAUACAGCUAGGUCAGAAUCAAAAAAAUGUACAAUUUCAAAGGAAAGAAGGAAUGGCAAGUUUCCCUCCAUUGAACAUCAAUCAAUCUAGAAAUAGGUAAAGGAAGGCGUAUCACAGGGGUAUUUUUGUUUUUUCUAUUCACUUCCGUGGGGUUCUAAAUUGAAAA